AUGAAUAUUCCGGACCGGAAACGACGUUCUCUGAAACCUGUUGCAUUUGCAGCAGUUGCUUUUUCAACCAUUUCAGUAAUGUGCUGUGUGAUUACAUUACCUAUUAUAUACAGUCAUGUACAAAAUGUUCAAUCAUUUAUGCAAAAUGAAGUUGAUUAUUGUAAGACACGUUCACGUGAUAUGUGGAAAGAAAUGGUACAAUUACAAACGGUUACGUCAUCUGUAGCUGACACUACAGCAUCUCGUAAAAAACGUCAUUUUACGAGUAAUGAUGAGUCAAAGCUGGACAUGGCAAUACCAUCGAAUCGAGGAAGUUGCUGUACUUGUCAAGUUGGAUCACCUGGAGCACCUGGUUCACCUGGACGUGAUGGACGACCUGGAGCACCAGGACGACCAGGUGAUCCAGGCCCACCAGGCCGUGAUGGUAGUUUGCUUCCUGGACCACCUGCAAAACCACCAUGCCAGAAAUGUCCACCUGGACCACCUGGACCGCCUGGACCUCCUGGGCCAAAAGGUUUACCAGGACCACAAGGAGAAGCUGGCACUCCAGGAAUUGAUGGUGCUCCUGGUUUGCCAGGACCACCAGGACCUCAAGGACCACAAGGACCACCAGGAUUGCCAGGUGAAAAGGGACCUCCAGGAGAGCCAGGAAAGAUUGUAAAUGGUGCGCCACCUGGUCCACCAGGACCACCUGGACCUCCUGGUCCUCAAGGACCUCCUGGUUCUCCUGGACGAGAUGGUAAACCAGGUAAACCAGGUCCUCCAGGACCACAAGGUGACCCAGGAGAGAAAGGUGUGGACGGAUUACCAGGAUUACGUGGACCACCAGGACCCAGAGGACCACCAGGACAGCCCGGUUCAUGUGAUCAUUGUCCUCCACCAAGAACCGGUCCAGGUUCUCUAGUUAAAUAG